UGUCAACAUCGUGAUAUCGAGAUGGCAGUAUUUUUAGACGAAAUUCUACUUCACAUAUUUGGGUAUUUCGAUGCACCUACACUGACAAAAGCCUCCUCAGUUUGUAGACAGUGGAGGAACAUCGCCAAAACUCCGUCGCUUUGGCGGAGGCUGGUGCUAUUGCGAUGGCCAUCACAGAAGUUCUUGUACGAAAAAGUAUCUUUAUCAUGUGUCAACUGGAUGACUACGUAUCAAGAUUUGUCGCUCCGCGGUAACUUUACCCCCGAUUACAUGAAAUAUUUUAUCUCUUGUUGUGUAAGCGGCGAUGAGUUGACCGAGGUAGAAUUGCGUGAAAGUAUGUUCUUGCACAUGGCGGGAACGAUGAUGAAGUGGGCAAUGCCGGAUGUUUUUGAUCAAGAAGACGAGUUCAACACGUCGAGUUUCAAUAAGAACUUUGAAUUAUUCUUCGACACACAUGACCUAAAGUGGACUUUCAUCGACAAGCGAAGAGGAUACAGCGAAGAUUGGUUCAGUUCUAAAACGAAAAUGACCAAGCCAGCGCGCUACAUUCGGCCAUAUCAAGUUAUUCCAAGCUGUGUGGUGAUGUUUCGAUGGCUCUGUCUCUUUCGGGCCUACGUGACAGACGAGACCGGUUUGACAUUUUAUCGCAUAUGGCGGUACCGCCUGAAGCACAGGGAUACAGGAAUUAAUUUUGAAGUCUUCGACUGGAAGGCAGCCAUGUCCUGUUCUUUGUCUAACGGAAGCCCAAUAUCAGCGUCUUUCCGAGAAGAUGCCUUGGAGCUGCUUAACUUACUCACCCACCCACACUUUCUCAUGCACCCUAUGGGGGUGAGUGCAUUUAAGGAGUUGUACCUGUCCCCCCCUAAACGCCUUAGCAGUCGGUGCAACUCAGCCACGUCAUCCCUUUCUAGCUGCGGCUUAACAAGUCCAAGAUCGCCACUACGAAGUAUUGGUAAUUUUUCUUUUGAAAGAAAAGACACUAGGUCAGGACGCAGGAUUGCCAGUAGCACAACGGACAGUGAUGACGAAUCAGAAGGAGGCUACGACACCGGCUAUGUCAGCAACUGCGAAUACUUUAUCAGCAGCAACCACUGGGACAUUGAGGAGCAGAACAAAAUCCAGGCUGAAGUAGCAGGAAUGUGGACAGUCAUUAACAACAAUGAUGUCCCUCACCUGUUUGUAAACUAUGAUGUAAAUAACAGUUCGUGGAUAUUUCAUGACUGCAUACCCACCUUCACUGGGUUGUGGGUCCAGGGGGGUGCGGCAUUUGAUGGAAACUUCGACUCACUGAGGGGCCAUGGAUUUGGUAUAGAACCGAUUCCAAGCUGCCUUGCUCUGUACCGCUUGGUUUGCCUUAUGAACAUAAAUGCCCGAGUCUACGUCAGCAUGGAGGAUGCCUCAAUUUGGGCAUUACAUUUGAUUCACAACACAACACGGGCAGUGCUUCAUCUCAAGGAUAUGAAUGGUUGGUUUGACGCUUCAGUAAGCCUAACAGAAGACAUGCAAAACCAACUCAGAGAAGCCUCUGACAGAAGUACAGAGUUAGAAACAGUACAGUGGUGUGAUAUCUCUACCCCUGUGCCAGCUGCAGACAACAUCAGUGAGUACAUUGCGAGCGAUGAAGACAGUGAUGCAGAUGACAAGGAAGUUGUUGAUUUCUACUGUAUGACCCCGACGCAGUCUGAUGAAGAGUGCGACAGGGGCUCAACAAGCAGUGAAGUUGACUCUGAUGACCUUGAUGGCCAGUUUUGGUUUUCGUCCAUGGCUCCACAGUUUAUGGGUGAAGAGGAAGCCCAUUUUCCAUACAGUGACACUGAAGUUCCAGAUGGUCAAUUUUCACAGGGCCCAAACAGCUUUUGGCAAUCACUACAUGUACCUAUUUAUCAAGCUUUGUCUGGACACUCUGAUGUCGAAAACCAGGGCGGUGCGUGGGGAAUAAGCUUAACCACAGAAAACUGUGAUGAUUAUGUGGGUGCAGGAGCUCUAGAUGAAGUGAAAGCGUUUGGAUGCCACUCCUCUGACAGCAGCAAGAACAAUCAACUUGUCAGUGGCCAUCAGUCAGACAGUGAUGGAAGUGAUGUGCACAGCAACGACUCCACUCCAGUGAGCACCCUCAAGCAGUUCAAGCAUGACGUGACAGUGUUGCUGAACUUACUGAUGGAUGAGAAGUUUGCUCAUCCCUAUGGAACCAUAGCUGGUGCUGUAGCAUAACCUAACCUUGAUGAAUAUGUUGUUUCUCCUCGCAGUUAUUCAGAUGAUUUACCUGUUGCUGACGAGUUUCUUAACAUAUCUGUGACUUGCCAGCUCAGCUUGGUAUUUUUAAGAAGAUCAUUACAUUUAAAAGCCUUUGCUUUUUUGUAAAUAUACAUGUAGGUAAAUUAAAAAGUUAGUCCUGGGCUUGUAAAACAGGUGAACAUCUCGUUGUACAGAGAAUAGUUAACUUUUGUUCAUGUAGUCACAUUCGUAUUAUAUUAAUUAGCAAAACUGUUCAAUUAAGGACUUAAUUGUAACAUUACAAAGUAAAGAGAUUUUUCAAAGAAUUGCUAUAUGUAGAAAUUUAAAUCGGUGUUUCCUCGCAAAAGAAUUACUAACAUAAAAUUCGUACUUAUAUGCAUAGACACUAUUUCCUUUUCUCAGCUGAUAUCGUACGCGCCCAACAGAGAUGCUCUGUAAUAUAUUGUUAGAGAUGCUCUGUAAUAUAUUAUAGUUAUUAUAUAACCACAUGUUUUAGAAUGGCUUAAAAUGAUAAUAUUCAAUUUAUAUUGGAGUAAAUAGCUUCAAGCAUAGUUUAAAAUCCGUUAACUUGAGAAAAUAUAUCUUUUACAUAGAAUUUGAUUUCUUGUUGGAUAUGAAGAAUGA